AUGGCGUCGCUCUUUGCGGUUCUCGUUACUCUUCGCCUCAUAGAGACCGCGUGUGCUGAGCCUGCGCCUUCAUAUCCUUUCAACGCGCAACUCCCUCCUGUCGCCAGAAUAGACCGGCUCUUCUCGUACUCCUUCUCUCCGAAUACCUUCACAUCCAGCUCCAACAUCACCUACUCUCUGGGCCAUCAUCCUAGUUGGUUAUCCAUCGAGAAAGGCAGCCGACGUCUGUAUGGGACGCCAAAAGAUGAAGAUAUCCCUGCGGGAGACGUCAUAGGCCAGCAGUUUGAUCUGAUUGCGACAGAUGGUAUCGGCUCGACCGCUAUGAAUGCUACUGUUGUAAUAUCACGCAAUCCUCCGCCUUCAAUAAAGAUACCUGUUUCGCAGCAGAUAGACGGCCUCGGAGCAUUUUCAGCCCCGUCUUCGCUCUUGUCCUAUCCGUCGACAGAUUUCCGCUAUACUUUUGACCCGAAUACGUUUGGAACUGGACACAAUUUCACCUACUACGCUUCAACGAAUGAUAGCACCCCUUUACCGGCAUGGAUCACUUUCGAUCAGCAGACAUUGACCUUCUCCGGCAGGACUCCAGCGUUUGAGUCUUUGAUCCAGCCUCCUCAAAAGUUCGAUUUCAGUCUCGUCGCCUCUGAUGUCGUCGGCUUCGCGGGAACUGCGCUCUCGUUUGCUAUUGUGGUCGGCAGCCACAAACUCACCACGGAUCACCCCGUCAUUCAACUUAAUGCUACGAGAGGCUCCAAGAUUAGCUUUGAUGGAUUGGCGAAUGGGAUCCAGCUGGACAACAAGGAUGCGAACCCCAGCUCUCUUGAUGUGUCGACGGAGAAUAUGCCAUCUUGGUUGUCUUUCGAUCCAGCAACACUACUCUUGGAGGGAACACCGGCAAGCAACGAUGAGUCUGCCAAUUUUAAAAUCAUCAUUUGUGAUUCAUUUGCGGAUGUUUUGAAUAUUCACGUCCGAGCGGAUGUAGGUACAGGCUUAUUCCACUCAAACUUCCAGCGGGAUAUUGAAAUUCAGCCUGGGGAUGAGUUCAGCCUUGACCUCUCGUCAUAUCUCCGCGACCCUAAGGACAUAGACUUAAAAGUCGACUUGGACCCCGAACCAGGCUGGCUACAUGUUGACGGCCUCGAAAUAUCAGGCAACGCCCCGAAAACGGCAAAAGGCAAGUUCAAAAUGUCAAUCAAAGCCACCUCGAAAAGCACUGGUCUCAGCGAAUCAGAGGUAUUGCAAGCUGCGUUUCUCUCGCCAGACGAAGCAAAGUCGUCCCCUACCUCUCAUACAUCAAAUUCCACGAGGCCGGCCAGCAUGAGUUCUGAAGAUGCCCCCUCGCGCCGUAUGAAUACCACCGAUAUUCUCCUGGCUACUAUUCUGCCAGUUCUGUUUCUGACCUUUACCAUAAUGCUCAUUGUAUGCGUCAUGCGCAGAAGGCGGCAUCGUCGAACUUACAUCUCGUCCGCAAGGCAUCGGCCCAAGAUAUCAGACCCGAUACGUUCCUUUACAAUGCGCAAUAACGAGUCAGAUGAGGAGACAAUCUACCAUGUAGAGAAGACUAUUGGCUCCAAAAGCUCCAAAACGUCCAAUGCGCAGCUACAGCUGUUCAAGAAAGGCAACGGUAUCUUUGCAGGGGUAGCAUCACAAAUGUCGUCAAUGUCAAAAAGAUCGGGUACUUUGCGAGGUGGUUCCAUACUACGGCGAACCCUUACAGGCCCAAUGGCUUCGGGAGCUCAACCUGCCACGGCUAGGAGCGUCAGUCCGCUAGAUGACGAAGAUCAGGCCUCGUGGUUCACCGUAGAAAGAACCACAGUGAGCGGACGAAGCCAUAAGGCGAGAAAUAGCUGCCACUCAGACAUCACCUUGCCGGAAGCCGCUCAGUUGUAUUUGCCUACAUCAAGUUUCCUCACAGAGGCUGGAGAGAGUGCAUUCAGGAGCGGACUAGAUCUCACGCUGCCAUCCUUGGAGAAUUUGGCCAACAUACAACCCAUGCCCGUUGCGGCUAACAACGUUUCGAAUGAGCGAACCAUCUCAGCGAUGUUUUCAGAUAUAACAUCCAGCUCUGCCGCAUUGCCGUCAGUCCUUUCGACCGUUCAAGACCUUCAAGAACCAUUCGACCCCAGCCUUGUCAGUCGGGCAAAACAAUCAGUCACUGAGGCUACCGCGAAAGGAAAGGAGCCUGUCGCAGAAGCAAAAGCAGAUGGCGAAGCAGCCGAACGCAUCUCGGAGUUAAAACAGCCCAGCCAAGCACGGAUAUCAAGUCACAAAUGGUUCAGCCGCCGCGGCUCUUCCUGGACCAACAAGACCUCCAUAUCAAACAGAGCCAAGAGCUUUCGAACAGAGCCAUCAUUCGGGUCAAACGAAAACUGGCGCGCGCUCGGCCGAAAAGAUCCCAGCGUAGGAUACCUAGAGCUCCUGGACGAGACGCCCUUUCUCCCGUCCAGAUCGGCAUCGAAGAACAAUAACGUGUCACAGCUGGAAGAGCGACGGAGCUUGGAGCUCAUAUCGCCGAGCAAAUGGGGUGAGGACGAGAGGAAGAGCACUGUGAUACGGCCCAUGCGGUCGAUGAGUGCGAUAUCACUGACGAGCGAAGGGGGCAAGUCGUCUGUGUUUGGGGAGAGAGAAGCGGCGGCGGCGAAGGCGAAGGCUGUGACGGAUUGGAGGAGAGAGGAUUCGGCUGCUAAAGUGUCGGAGAGGAGCUUCAAAAUGUUUAUAUAA